CACUGUGUCCUGAUGCAUGAGCUCCAAGGAGAAAAUGUUGCACUUUACAUAUAAAUUAUCAUGUUAUAUUUGAAGAGGACCAAGAAUUUCCAAAACUAAAAUAAUUUUAAUAGUGCUUCCUUGGUCAAACAAACCUCAAAAGCCAACAUUGAGGUUUCUCUUCUGGCCUCUUCUUUCAGAAAGAUAUAGUUUAAACUGACAAGAAUUCAGAGGAGACUAAUACAGUGAUUAGGGGUCUGGAGGGAUUGUUCUAUGAAUGAAGAUUAAAAUAGUUUACACAGGUGUGGACUGGCUAAAUAAUUAUAUCAGAUGGGGUGGACCUGGACAUAUCGGUCUAUAAGUAUCUUGAAGAUGUGAACACCAAGGAAAAAAAGAGUAAAUUGUUCAGAGUGGCACAAAGGAGUGGAACAGGGCAUAGUGUGACUAAACUAAGCAAAGGAAAAUUUAGGCAGAAUAUUAGGAAAAACCUUCCUAACAGAAAGAUGUAUUUGAUAAUGGAAAAGUCUCCCAAAAUAAGUUGUGGAAAGAUCAUUGAGACUGUUAAAACUAGACGUACAGAGGACUGAAAAACAAAAUGCAUGGAACAAUCCUACGCUACAAAGGAGGGAUGGGCUACAUGACCUAAUUGGGUCUCUUCUGUGUCUAACUACUGGGACAAUAGUGUGGCUUAAACAGCUCAAAAUCCUCUUGGAGUUGAUGUCACCUGACUCACAUAGAGGAUGGACCAGUCCAGCAGCCUACAAUGGUGUAAUCAAAUCACAGGAAAGAAUUGAUUAUAUUUUAUAAAUUGUGUUGUGCAUGUUCCCCCAGUUCUCACAACAAACUUGUCUUUAAGAUUAAUUUAGAUUUCUUGCUUCAUAUAUAGGAUUUAUUUUAAUUAUUUCUAUUUUUAUCCCAUUUAAUUUUUAUUAUUUGUAUUGUGGUACCAUCCAAAAACUGCAUUCAGGAUCAGGGUCUUGCUGUGCUAGGUGCUUUACAAACACAGGACUCCAACCUGCAAGUAGUUAUUUCCCCAGUCCUGUACUGAGGAAGUAAAUGGGGACUCCACAUGUGGUCUCUGGGUGUAUAAAUGUGAGUAGCUAUAGGGUCCAGUGUCCAGUUCUGGUGUCUACAUUUUAAAAAGGAUCUGAAAAAUAGAGGGUGCAUAAAAGAGCCAUACAAAUUAUUUGGGGGCUGGGCUUUACAGUGAGACACUUUUUAUAUAGUCUUUUUUUAAUGAGUUUUUAAGUCUUGACCCGUCUUAGUAUUUGUCUUGCCAUUUUCUACUUUUAUAUUUAAUCUUAUCCUUAUGUAGCUGUUUGCAGUAUACCCUUUCUAAUGUAACCCUUGUCUUUUACUAUUGCAUAUUUUACCCAAGUCUUUUCUAUUUUUAAAUUUUGUUUUGAACUCUUGCCUGUUUUCGAGGUGGAUGACAGAUGAAUGAUGGAAAGUUUGUUGCUGCUGAAGGUGUUUGAAUUGCUGCUGAACUUGAUAGAAUGCAAGUUCAAGUGGUUGCUAAUGUGAGAAGACAACAUGCCAUUUUGAAGUAUGACAGAAGUCCUGAUGCUGCAGCAGAGGCUAGGAAUAUUAAUGGCCAAAUCUAGAGAUUACAUGGUCUUCUAAAGAAGCCAUGGGUAGCUGUUGUAGCUGUCCAGAUAAAGAGACUGUCCCAGACAACCAUCGAAACAAGUUUAAGGUCAUUAAUGUAGAUGAUGAUGGUAAUGAACUGGGUUCUGGCGUAAUGGAACUUACAGAUACAGAACUAAUUUUAUACACCCGUAAACGGGAUUCCGUAAAAUGGCACUACCUCUGUCUCCGUCGCUACGGCUAUGAUUCAAAUCUCUUUUCUUUUGAAAGUGGUCGAAGAUGUCAAACUGGACAAGGAAUCUUUGCCUUUAAGUGUGCUCGUGCAGAAGAAUUAUUUAAUAUGCUACAAGAGAUCAUGCAGAACAAUAGCAUAAAUGUGGUAGAAGAACCAGUAGUAGAAAGGAAUCAUCAUCAAACUGAGUUGGAAGUUCCAAGAACCCCUCGAACACCCACCACUCCUGGGUUCAGUGCACAAAGUUUACCUAAUGGGUAUCCAAGAUAUCCCUCCUUUGGAGAUGCUUCAUCACAUCCUUCCAGCAGACAUCCCUCUGUAGGAAGUGCACGGCUUCCGUCAGUAGGUGAAGAGUCAACGCAUCCAUUGCUUGUAGCAGAGGAACAAGUGCACACCUAUGUCAACACUACUGGUGUACAAGAGGAAAGAAAAAAUAGAUCAAGUGUGCAUGUACCGCUGGAAUUAAGGCUUUCUAAUGUUGAAACAAGCAAGACAACAGAAGAUCAGAAUUGCACUGAUGACAGAGAUGCUCAGGUUCUUCUGGAGCCUGAAGGAGUCAAAUUUGUUUUAGGACCAACACCUGUUCAAAGACAAUUAAUGGAAAGAGAGCAACUGGAGCAACUUGGGAGAGACCAAGUUAGUGGCAGCAGUACAAACAACUCUGAAUGGGAUACUGGGUACGACAGUGAUGAACGUAAAGAAACACAUUGUGGUAAUAAACUAGUGUAUGAAAAUCUAAAUAGGUUAUCAAUCCCUAGUGCCUCAGGAGUCAGGAGAGGUCGUCUGACAUCAACAAGUACCUCAGAUACCCAGAAUAUUAACAACUCUGCUCAAAGGAGAACUGCAUUGUUAAACUAUGAAAACUUGCCAUCUUUGCCGCCUGUUUGGGAAGCCCGCAAGCUAAGUAGAGAUGAAGAUGACAAUUUAGGACCAAAGACCCCAUCUCUGAACGGCUACCACAAUAACCUAGAUCCAAUGCAUAAUUAUGUAAAUACAGAGAAUGUAACUGUGCCAGCAAGUGCUCAUAAAGUAGAAUUUACACGACGUCGGGACUGUACACCAACAGUCUUUAACUUUGAUAUUAGACGUCCAAGUUUAGAACACAGGCAGCUUAAUUAUAUACAGGUUGACUUGGAAGGUGGCAGUGACUCCGACAACCCUCAGACUCCAAAAACUCCUACCACUCCACUUCCACAAACUCCAACCAGGCGCACAGAGCUGUAUGCUGUGAUAGACAUUGAAAGAACUGCUGCUAUGUCAAGUUUGCAGAAAGCACUGCCACGAGAUGAUGGUACAUCUAGAAAAACUAGACAUAACAGUACUGACCUGCCUAUGUGAAACCGGGAAGCAUUAAAUCAUUUGCACCUUUUGUGAAGUUUAUAAAAUUGAAGAUGCAAAUACUUCAUUUGCAUUUCUUAACAGUAACGCUUUUUAUAGAGUAAUAGACUUUUUUCUGAAUACUUCAUGUGCUUGUCUAACAAAAGGGAAAUAAUGUAGAGCAGGUACUCAUUAAAUGACACCAUUUUAUUCUACAGUAAUAGUAAUUGUUGUGUAGAAGCAUUGCCACUUUUCACAGUGCCUCUUUACUUGGUUAGAGUUGGAGUGACUGCCAGUUCUGAAGUUAUCAAUAUUCUGGCCAUGUGCCUAUAGUCAUUGUUAUAACAUUUUAUAAAGCCUCUUGAUGUGCAUUAUUAGCUGAUAGCCCUAAUCUUGCAAGGUUGAUAUUUGUACCUUCACUCUCUUCAUUCAUGUGGCCUCCUCCAAUAUGAGAGGUGUGAGUAAUUCAUUAUUCAAUCAGUUUGACUUACAUAAUACAUAUUGGCUCAUGUGAAGGGAUAUAAACACCGUGCUUCCUUGUAUAUGUCAGUUCAUUUUUUGAAGUAAUUUGGACAAGCUUCAAAUUCUUGAAGGUUUUUUUAAAUUUCUGUAACAUUGAGGGGUUACAUCAAGUUCACUUGGUCAGAGAUAGAGUUGGGUCUGAAAUAAGCCAUAAGUCAUUUCCACUAGAAAAGAUAUUUCCAAGUGGUAGUAUCAAGCUUCCUGAACAGUUUUACCGAAUUUUAAUCUGAGUUUUCUGAAGGAAUUCAAAGGUUGAUUAUAUCUGUGAUUUUAAGGUGUUCUCUAAUUUCACAGUCCUGCUCACCUUUCCAUCUUCAUGUGUGGGAUGUCUUUUGACCUAUUCUGUAUUGUCUGUACCUUAAGAACAGUUAAGUUUUGUGUAUAACUUCAAUGAUUGUUUAGGGUUUUUAUGUGUGUUGCUCCUAUUCAGUCUGCACAUUGUCAAAGAAAAAUCUCUUGAAGGUUCAGUGGGAACCUUUUUUACUUAACAGGGUUGCUUUUGUCCAGUGUUUUAUUGUUUUACUUUUUAUGUCUGACAGAAACAUCCCAAAAGUGAUAGUGUCCAGCAGCAUACAGCAUUGCACAAGUGGAAAGGUGUAUUAUGCAUUUUUGUCUUCCUCUGAAGCAUCAAAUAUAGGUCACCAUAGGAAGCAAGGUACUGCAGUUGGUAGUUCAGUGUGACAAAUCUUAAAUUCUAACUGUGUGGAUCUGUAGAUGAUGUACUUGGAUUUAGACCGAAUUAGUUUCUUACAAUAUGUAGAGAAUUUUCUGAAGGUAAUAUCUAUGGGCAUAUAUAUUUUCCCUUUGCAGCUAGUUAACUCAGUUACUCUAAUGGCUUAACUGCUGCUCGAUGUUAUGGUACAUCCAAGUAGAAUGCAUCUGCUGAACAUGCCAGGUAUGCCCUUGACAGUCCCUUGUUCUAUACUGAAUAUUAAUAGAAUUGAUAGCAGUACAGCAGGUGCAGUGCAGGACCAGAAAGAAAACAGAUUAAGCUUGAGCCUGUGAUUUCAAAGGAACUGACCACUAUGUGAACUGGUGUGACGAAUAAUAAUCCUUGAGCUGUGGGUGAGAAAAAUCACAUGCAAGAAACCAUAGGCGAGGUCUUAAAAAAAUGCUAGGGUCCUCAUGUAAUAUUUGAGCUUUCAUAUAAAACAAAACACUAUUUCCAGUUCUUUGAAUUUUGUGGACGGUGUUCCUGUUUCCCUAUUAAAUUUUCCUUUUGUCUUCAGCCAGAUAAAUAGUAGGAAGAGUGAUAGCUGAAAUACAUUUUUCCUGUUCACCCCAGUGAGAUAAUGGCAGCCUCAUUUAUAUAGGUCAGGCCUUUUUAUCCUGAGGGAUUUCCAGUGUUCUUUACAAACUUUAUAAUUCUAAAAUGCAUCUAGGUGCACAAUCCAUAUGCUUCACAGUAGUAAGGGAACAGGAGCCUUAGUUGGGACGUUGUAAGAAAACUUCAUUGAGAUCAAGAAACUUUUCCAUAAUCAUUUCACUAUUAGUCUAUGCACUUGUAUACAUUUUUUUUUUAUUUAGGUGCUCAAAAAGGUGAGGGACUAGUAGCAUUUCACUAGAACCAGAGGUAGUGCAGAUGCAUGGUGCUAUAAGUGUCCCUUGCUCCGCCCUGACAUUGCACCUCUGUUGUGAUUUGCAUCACACCAUGCAUAUACUAAUCCUGGGUCUGUCUUGAAGCAUGAUUGCCAAUUGUUUCAAACUGUGUGGUGGAUGUGUGAAGUGGGCUAGGAACUAGAAUCAGACCGACAAACUGUCGCUAAUUUGUAAACUAAGACAAGAUUUCAGCACUAUAUUUCAAGCAGUUAAAAAGCUAGAACACUUAACUCAUCAGCUAUCUUAUCUAGAGACUUAUAUGGCUCGCAUCACCAUAAUCUAUGAGUGUCUUAAUCAUUAAUGGAUUUUAUCCUCAAACACCCCUGUAGAGUAAGUACUGUCCCCAAUUUACAGAUGGGGGAACUGAGGCCCAGGUAAACUAUACAUGACUUGCUGAAGGUCACACAUUGAGCCAGGAAUUCAACCCCACUCUCAUGAGUUUUAGUCCAGUGCCCUUUCCACUAGAUCAUCCUUCCUAUCCAAGACCUACCAUGGACCAUUCAGAAUAACGUUGUUGCCAACUCUUGCAAUUUUAUGAGUGUUGUAAUAUUUAGUGUUUUUCUUAAAGCCGUAGAUCCUGGAGUUGUGAAUACUGCAAAAUCUCACUUUUUCCUUUUUUUUCCUCUCCCCUUCCCCCCUCCCCCCCAAAAAAAUAAAGUUAAAUUUCUUGCCCUUGGGGAGAAAAGCUUGAAAAUAUGAUCCCUAAAGGAUCAAAAACCAGAAGGCCUCUAAAAAGAAGCCAAAUCCAAUCUCAUGAUUUUUUUUUCUCAUUCAUGAUAUUUGAAUGCUUGGGGUUGGUAAUGCUUUUAAUAUGACAAAUGCAAAAGACAUCAUACUGCACCUAAAGGGAAGAGUAUCUCUAACAUACAGAGUGCAUUUUAGCAUUAAAGAUGUUAAGCACGGUGUUUAGGUUCAGGCUGAUGCCUCCACCCGCAUAUUUUUCAAGAAGUCCCUAAACCUCUUCCAUUUCCCUAAGCAGGUAAGAGAUAGAAACUACUCAAUUCAUCUAUGGCAUUGUUUUUAUUUAAUUUUCCUAUGAAGUAGUUGCACUUUACCCUUGGAGACUUGGUUGUAUCUCAGUCUCUUUGUGAUGUUAAAUUCACUGUCUGCAGAUCUGGGGUUCAGUUUUUAGCUAAAAUUUCUCAACUGUAUUUUUAAGCAUAUUUAUUUUGGACCCACAGGUGUACAGAGCAAGAUGCAACGAAUAUGUAACAGUUCAUUGGAAAAUAACUGGCAUAAUAUGUGAAGAUUACCUAACCAAUGCCCACAAAAAGUGGCAAAUUUUCUUUUAAUUCUGUUUAUCCACAAUGUUCAGCUGCCUCUGCCUUUCAGGCACAUGACAUAUUCCACACUACUAAUCCUCCAAUGUGUAAAGCCUUUAAGCUAGAAGUCGCUCCCCCCUGAUGCCAUGACUAGUAAAAGGUGCGGAGCGUUCAUAUAUUCUACUACAUUAAGUAGCUGCUCUAACCAAUUCUUAUUUGCAGUGUAUAAAAUCUGAGGAGGCACUGUCCAAGACUCCAUUGUUGCAUUGAAAAUGCAGUUAAAGUGGGAAUUUAAUCCAUGGUUACACAAGGGAAAAAUAAGUAUUUCCUUCCCAAAUUGAUACUGCAUACUUAAGAGGUGCAGAGUUCUAUUUUGUGAAAGUUUUUUUUUUCCAGUGAUUCUAUCAAAUACAUUUAAAAAUGACCAAUUCUGGAAAAAUUUGACUGGCUUUAUAAUGUUCUUUUGGUUUCUCCUCAGUGAAGUGUCUAAAUUAAAAAAUAAAUAAAAUGUACUCAUGUACUGAUAAUGUAUUCAGCAUAUGGAAGGUGUUGAAUAUAACAAGUGACACAGUAAGGCCCUAAUCUUGCUCUCAUUUAAAUCCAUAACAAAACUAUUAUCUUCAGUAGUGCAGUAUCGGGCCCCCAAGUAUUUAUCUUUACAUUUUGCACUUAGUCAGAUGUCUCAGCAUUUAAAUAAUAUCAGUGUGUUCAAAUCUCUGACAUUAAAGCAUUUUAUUGCAACAUAGAAUGCAGUUAGUCUGGGCCACAGCUAUGAUAUACAGGGUCCAGGUCAAGAUUUCAAAGCAGGGCCACUAUGUGGCCCAGCUCCCUGCAACAGCCGCAUGAGCAGCUACCACAAUAUUGUUCCUUGGAGCCUCAUUUCCUCCUGUUCAAGGGCUAGUCUCACCCUCCCUAGUGUUUGAUAAUCCAUCACCCUUCACCCAGUCAGGCUUUCAUAUUCACUCAGAGCCCAGACAGGCACUGAAAGAAAUAGAGGCAUCUACACUCAAUUUAUUUAACUUAUGGUAAAUUAAAUAGUACUUCCAUGGGCAUGACAACCUGAAAGUGUUAUCUAAGUGUGAGAGACAGACAAGUAUCCUUGUGUAAAUCAACAGUUGGUUUCAAUGGAGUUAUGCCAAUGUACAUCUACUGAAAAGCCAGCCCAGAAUAUUCAUGUUGGUAUCUGGGGUAGUUCCAUUUUGCCCAGGAUGAGGCAGCAUCAACAGAGGACAGAUUGCCUUUGCCUUCUUUCACUUCAAUUAGAGUAGGGCUGUCAAGUGAUUUUUAAAAAAUUAAUUGUGAUUAAACAAUAAUAGAAUAUCAUUUAUUUAAAUAUUUUGGAUGUUUUCUACAUUUUCAAAUAUAUUGAUUUCAAUUUCACCACAGAGUACAGUGCUCACUUUAUAUUUAUUUUUGAUUACAAAUAUUUGUGCUGUAAAAAACAAAAGAAAUAGUAUUUUUCAAUUCACCUCAUACAAUUACUGUAAUACAAUCUCUUUAUUAUGAAAGUUGAACUUACAAAGGUAGAAUUAUGUGUUAAAAUAACUGCCUUAAAAAAUAAAACAAUGUAAAACUUUAGAGCCUACAAAUCCACUCAGUCCUACUUCUUGUUCAGCCAGUCACUCAGAAAAACAAGUUUGUUUACAUUUGCAGGAGAUAAUGCUGCCCCCUUCUUGUUCACAAUGUCACCUGAAAAUGAGAACAGGCGUUUGCAUGGCACUGUUGUAGCGGUGUCGCAAGAUGUUUGUGCCAGAUGCGCUAAGGAUUCAUAUGUCCCUUCAUGCUUCAACCACCUUUCCAGAGGACAUGCAUCCAUGCUGAUGAUGGGUUCUGCUCAAUAACAAUCCAAAGCAGCGCAGAUCGAUGCCUGUUCCUUUUCAUCAUCUGAGUCAGAUGCCACCAGCAGAAGGUUGAUUUUCUUUUUUGAUAGUUCGGGUUCUGUAGUUUUCGCAUCGGAGUGUUGCACUUUUAGGACUUCUGAAAGCAUGUUCCACACCUUGUCCCCUUCAGAUUCUUAAAUCUUGGGUUAAGUGCUGUAGCUAUCUUUAGAAAUGUCACAUUGGUACCUUCUUUGCUUUUGUCAAAUCAGCAACGAAAGCAUUCUUAAAACUAACAACGUGCUGAGUCAUCAUCCAAGAUUGCUAUAACAUGAAAUAUAUGGCAGAAUGCAGGUAAAACAGAGCAGGAGACUUACUGUUCUCCCCCAAGGACUUCAGUGAGAAUUUAAUUAACACAUUUUUUUAACAAGCGUCAUCCACAUAGAAGCAUGUCCUCUGCAAUUGUGGGCGAAGCAUGAAGGGGCAUAUGAAUGUUUAGCAUGUAGCACGUAAAUACCUUUCAAUGCCUGCUAUAAAAGUGCCAUGCAAAUGCCUGUUCUCACUUUCAGGUGACAUUGUAAAUAAGCCAGCAGCAUUAUCUCCUGUAAAUGUAAACAAACUUGUUUGUCUUAGCUGAACGAGAAGUAGGACUGAGCGGACUUGUAGGCUCUAAAGUUUUAGAUUGUUUUGUUUUUGAGUGCAGCUAUGUAACAAAAAAAUCUACAUUUGUAAAUUGCACUUUUACUAUAAGGAGAUUACAUUACAGUACUUGUAUGAGGUGAAUUGAAAAACUAUUUUUUAUAAUUUUUACAGUGCAAAUAUUUGUAAUAAAAAUAAUAUAAAGUGAGCACUGUACACUUUUUGUAUUCUGUGUUGUAAUUGGAAUCAAUAUAUUUGAAAAUGUAGAAACACAUCUAAAAUAUUUAAUUUCAUUUGGUAUUCUAUUAACAGUGCAAUUAAAACUGAUUAAAAAAAUCAUGAUUAGUUAAUCGCGUGAGUUAACUGCAAUUAAUCGAGAGCCAGAAUUAAGAGUGAACAAGUUUUCAUUGAGUUGUUACUGCAUUGUGUGUGGUGUUGCAUCCCUGAUGUGGAGCUCUGUUUCUUAACAGAACUGCCUGCUUGAUAUAAGGUGGAAUCUGUAGUAGAACUCCAUAUCUGCACUGUACUGUGUUGUUUAUGGCUGCAAAUAAAAAUGAAUGUGAGGAAACAUACUGUAGAGGCUGGUAGUGGAUCUAAUUGGUUUCUUAGAGGAAAAGUUCUUCUCUCUUGACCGUCACUUGAAGAGGUCAAGAAAAGUUUGAGCCUGCUUGUUGGCUGAUAGAAAUUGAUUUUGGCAUUUAAAUGUAGGGGUUUUUCCAUGAAUAACAAUUCAGGCAUUCAAAUUUGACAGUAUUUACUUCAUAAAAAUAUUUAAUCAAGCUCAUGUAAGACGUGUUCAUGUUGAAUUCUUCAUUUACAGUCUCAAAAAAAAAGAGAGCCUAGGGGAAAUUCCAGCACAAAAAACUGCGUUAACAUGGAGUUAAGGUUGCUGAUGUCCAUUCCUAAAUAGUACUCAUUAAAAAGAUAGGAAAUCUUGAGUUAAGGUUCUUUCACAAUCUUUAGAAAAUAUUUCCUCUUCCAGGCCAAAAAAAAAAAAAAAAAAAACACACACAAUAGGAAAUUAAAAUUUACAUAGCAGACUUAACUCUGACCAUACAUGUGUUAAUGUUCCUUGUAAUCGUGCUUUAAGUAUGACUUAAGACAUUUGUCAGAUGUAUUAUUAGGAUAUUAUCCUAAUGUUGUUUACUCCAGUUUAACGCAGUAUUUUGUGUGGAAAUAUGUAGGUAUAUAGGUGAAAAUAUGUCUGAUCUUUAAAAGUCAUGAAACAAGUAUUGGACAUUUUUAUAUUUUUUAUAUAUUUACAAAGGGCAUUUAAAAUUUUUCUUGCAGUUUUAGUAAUUAUCUAGUGUGAUAAUACACAUAUUGUGACAAAGUUUCCUGAUAUAUCCAUUACCUUGGUGUAUUUCUAUUUAAUGUAGCAAAUAUGUAUAUAUACAAAUGAGAUGAUGUAAAAAUAUAAUUAAGAAUUAGGUUGUAUGCUCCUUGGGGCAGGGACUAAGUCUUCCUUUGUGUUUUGUAAAGCACCUAGCACAAUGGGACCCCAACGCUGACUGGUGUCUGAGAAUUACAGUGAUAAAAAUAAGAGAAGAUAAUGAAGAUGCAGGGCCAGAACUUCACCUUUAAUUGAGAAGCAUGAGUACUUAGAUGCCAUGAAGCUCACCUUUCCACUCCCUGAUUCUGGGGGCCACUGUGUGCCUGGCUAUUUCCCAGGAACAUUCUCCCCACUAGCUGCAAACCAGCCCAAAAUCACAGCAGGUGAAUAAUAGAGCAUAGGGGUAUAUCAACCUCCAAUCACAUCCUCUGUGCUUGCUGCAGAGGUGGGGGUGUGAGGCAGGAGCCUCUGUGGAUUACCUUUGUACUGGAGUGAUCUUGAGCUGGAUACACUGUCUCUGGGCCCAUUGAAGCCAACAGAAAGAUUCAUUGCCCACUGAAGCCUACAGAAAGAUUUCUGUUGAUUUCGGUGUCUGUUGGAUCAGGUGCUACCUGCUCAGAUUCUGCUGGCAUUGAGUGCAAAAUGGCUGUACUACACCAGAAGAUCUGGCUGAUCAAGCUAUUCAAAAAUGACCUAAAAAUACUGUAAAAAUAUGAAUAUAUUACCUGUACUAAAAAAAAUUCCUAUUUGUGGUCGCCAGAGUUAAAAUUACAAUAUAAAUUUUUAUUUGUCAUACAUAAGUGUACAUUGAUUGAGCUGUUAUGUAUGAAAGAGGAAAUGACUCUAAAGAGUGUGAAAGAAACAGCUCAGGAUUGCUUUUAUUUUUAAUGCUAGGAAUGGACAUCAGCAUGCUUGACUCCAAAUUAAUGCAAAUGUUGGCAUCGGAUUGUGUAAGGGGGUGUGUGUAGGUGUGUAUGCGCGCACACACAUACAAUAUACUAUAUAUUUGGUACUAACUUUGUACUUUCCCUGAAGUUGCCAAAUCUUUAACACAGACAUUCUCACUUGUAAGAUAUUGGUACUUAAUUACUGAAUGUAUAGGAUAUGCUUCUGGUUUGAAAAGGAAAAUUAGUGUUGUAUGGUAUCCCACAAUGCAGUGUGUCCCAACUGUAAACGUUGCCUUUUUUUGCAUGUAACACCUCAUUCUGUUGUUGCAUCACCUAGAACUGUUACUUCUGAACCAUCAUCUGCAUCUUAACUAAACUGCAAAUUUGCAAUUACAGUACAACUGAAUACAGCUCUAGCAUGAAGCUGACUGGUAGUAAUAGUACAGCAGUCACCAUUGUGCCACAAAUGCAUUUAUUAAAUGCAGAAAUAUAUAUUUCUAUAAAGGCCAAAAUCAUGUUUUUAUGUUCCUUUAUGGUCAUUACAUUGUAUGAUAUUGUAAGAUUAUUUUAUGUUCUAAUUUGCAUUAUAAAAUGUUUUUUCCUACUUAAAGGCAUAAAUAUAACAACUUUGUAUAAAGGUAGCUUUCUAGAUUUUUAUUUCUUUUAUAAAAAUUAUAAAUAGUGGGAGUACCAUUGCCAAAUUGUUUAUAAAAUGUCCAUGAACUUUGCCCUGUUUGGUUAAUCUUUUACAGACAUUCCAUGUUUCUUUUUAUGAGAAAAUUGACACUUUCUGCAUAGUACAGUAUUUUUAUGCUGUUCCAAAUCAGCAUAUUAGAAUUUUAAUUUAAGUUGGGUUUGCAUUUUCAUUACUGAUAGCUUACCAAAUGUUCAUUUUUAAAAAAUGUAUUAUGUAAUGUUGACAACAUUGUCGUCCUCCCUCAUCAGUGCCAACUUCAUUUUUUUUUAAAUUGUAGCAUGGCAAUAAAAAUGAUUUUACAUUGU